AGCAAAAGCUAAGUGGUGAAAUGGAUGCGUCGAAGGUUACCCUUAUGGAACAAUUCAUAGAGAAGUGCAAGGCCAACCCAUCUAUCCUCUCUUAUCCCUCGCUCUCCUCCUUUCGUGAAUACAUCGAAAGUCUUGGAGGGAAGAUUCCGACUUCUGCGAGCGAGGCCGGGAGUUACAAAGCGAAGUCUCGUACUUUUGAUGAGAGCGAUGAGGAUCUAGAUGAUAUAGAGGAGGAGGUUCACCCUAAGCACGAAGAAGAAGAAGAACCUGAGAUAAUUGAGUCUGACAUUGAACUAGAUGAGACUGACGUGGUGGAGCCUGAUAAUGAACCUCCACAGAAGAUGGGAGACCCGAGCAUUGAAGUUACUGAAGAAAACCGUGAUGCUUCUCAAGAGGCUAAAAUUCAGGCUAUGGAAGCAAUUUCUGAAGGUAAGCUUGAAGAAGCAAUCGAGCAUCUUACCAAAGCAAUUCUACUUAAUCCUACCUCAGCUAUUAUGUAUGGAACCCGAGCUACCGUGUACAUCAAAAUGAGGAAACCAAAUGCUGCUGUUCGAGAUGCCAAUGCUGCUCUUGAGGUUGUCACAUGUUUCUAAAUUUGCUUUCUUAUGAACUUAAUUGC